CUCACGUGCUCCUCUGCUCCGCGGCUCAUAGUCGCCGCCGCCGCCGCCGCCAUUGCCGCCUCCCGCUUGUACGCCUCCCCAGUCCCCACCGGACCCCUCCCUGCGGAGUACUAGUGACCAUGGCUCACAUGCAGUCAAGUCCGAAGGGGCAAGAGGUUCAUGAGGUCACCAGGAAAUCCAAUGACCAGAUUGUUCUGAAACAAGACACUGUUGAUGAUGAAGACUCUGGUGAUACCACCUCCUCUGCUGGUGAAAGCAAGUAUCCUGGUUGGCCUGGAACUACUGUGUUCAGGAUGCUGAUUCCUGCACAGAAGGUCGGUGCAAUAAUCGGCCACAAAGGUGAGAGGGUCAGAAGACUGUGUGAGGAAACAAGAGCCUGUGUUCGUAUUAUUGGCGGUCAUCUUUGUGCUGCAGAGCAAGCUGUAAUCAUUUUUGGAAGGGAGCAGCUUGAUGAGCCAUUACCUCCAGCCAUGGAUGCCCUACUAAGAGUAUAUCAGCAAACAAUUAACAAUGACUCUUUAGAUGUGGGACCCGAUAAUGUGAUUGUGAGGCGGAUUCUUGCACCAAGUGAGCAAGCAGCAAGCCUUAUUGGCGAGCAUGGUGUGAUGAUUAAUUCAAUCAUGGAAGCUUCUCAAACCGACAUCCGUGUCCUUGAUGAUGAUCUACCUCCUGUUGCACUGGAAGAAGAUAGGGUUAUUGAAAUAUGGGGAUCGCCUGCAGGAGUGUAUAAGGCUUUGGAACUUGUUGCUUCUCAUCUGAGAAAGUACCUGGUUGAUCGAAGUGUGAUCCCAUUGUUUGACCGUUAUGUUCCCAUGCCAAUCUUGCACAUGGACAUGCCUCCAUGUCACUACAUUGACUAUCCUGAGGGCCCUGUGCAUCCAGUUAGUCCAGGCUAUCACUCUGUAUCUACUGAAAAUCUCCAACAUGAACGAUGGAUUGGCACUAGCUAUUUGAGGGGUAGGCAUCCUAUGGGAAAUCUACGACAUGCUGAUACAUUUGAAUACAGAUGGGAAGCACCUACACCUUUCAGGAGAUAUCGAUCUGUUACACCACCAAAUCAUGCUAUAAGUGCAUAUGGGCCAGAAGCAUCUUCACCUACGGAAGCAUAUCUAUCAGCUCCAAUGAAAUCACGUUCACACCACAGCCUUAUAAAUGGUUGGCAUGCAUCUCCAGUUAGUUCAACAGAUUCUGAUGAAAGAAUAUGCUCCCUUAUAUCUGUGUAUGGACAACAAGCACAGCUACAGAAACAGACAUGUCAAUCAGCUAAAUUGGGUAAAAAUCCACAGUUCGGAAUAUCUUUACAUGGAAGUGAAAGUGAAGCCCAUCCAACAAGGGUAUCUCCAUCAGAUUCUACCGAACAACCUCCAUCUCCAUGCUUCAGAAUUCAUCCACCAACUACUGUGGAAAAUCUUCUACACUGUCGUGUAUCUGCAUGUGGACCAGAAGCAUCACUACCACUACAUCUGGCUGUAACAUCAUCAACUAGUCGAUCAACAGUAGUUGCUUCUCAGGUUAAGAAAAAGAUGCAAGUACCAAUAUUCUAUGCUGAAGCUGUCAUUGGCCCAACUGGUGAAAGAAUUGAAUACAUUCGUCGUACCAGCAGGUCGAGCAUUUUGAUAAGCAAUUCUGAGGGCACAAUGUAUAUUGAGAUCACUGGAAGUGCUGCAACAGAUGUUCUAACUGCAGAGCAGCUGAUUAAGAACUUUAUGGCCGAAGCAGCUGCCGCCUCCCCUGGUCACAGUUACGACUUCAUUCCAUCAUAUUUGCCAGCACCCAGAUCUGCCCAAGCUGAUAUUUUUGCUUCCCCUGAGACAAGUGAAGUGUCCAGUUUGCCAGAACGGCGCCUGCAAAUGAUUUACUGAAUAUCCCCAACAGUUUUGUUUCUGCACAUACCACCAAAGAUAGCCAAGCACCAAUACCGGCAACACAGGAAUAUACCAGAGAGUAAAUUGAGAAGAUGUUUUGAUAUCCACCCUGAGACUAUGCAAGCUUUACAAUUUCAACCCUUUCAUCUGGAUUACUUCUAGACUCUUUGUUUUGUUGUAGCCUUGAUUCAUUCCAUGGAUUGAACCUUAGAAACUAGAGCCUGAGCAUAUGCUUCUGUAUAUGGAUUAUGGAAGCAAAGUUUUGGUUGAUUCAGCGAAGGGGUAGCACGAUAUGUGUGCCGGGAUGAUUGAACGGUUGCAUUUCACCGAAACAAAUUCGUAAACCUUUGCUCCAUGAGAU